GCGGCGGCGACGACAGACUGCAUCGUGACUACCGUAUCUUAGUUGCUGCCAGGGGGUCUUUGGAGUCCGGCUUGAAUAUGCGGCUGCGCCACUUGCUCGACGACUCUCGCCUCUGGCUGCUGGUCCCCCGUGACGAUGUCACGAAUCGGACUCGAGCGAUUGCUUUCUUUACGCUCAGCUCUGCGGGGGCAUCGACGUACUAUUACAGAGAGAUGCCUCACACUAAAUAUCCAUUUCGUGCUUUCCUCAGCCUUGAGUCCCCCAUUAUGGGGCAGGAGUGCGACAACGACAAACCUUGCCUGCGGUGUCCGUGGUCCGCUAGGUUUCUGAAGGAGAGCGGCACGUUCGACAGCGUGGAGGCGAGAUGCCGCCUCCUUCUGCUAGCUCAUUUGAUGUAUUUCGACAACGGCCGCCUAGAGGUCGGCAACGCCAACUUGCGCAGGAGAGUGAAGGAGCGGGUCCAGACGACAAAAAUCAGUUUGGCUGACUUGAGUGCGCUUCACAUUGGCGAGAGCUUGCGGUUCAAGUGGGGCGACGCCCCGUCGGGCGAAGGCGGCGCUGCGAACCGCCGCCAGGGCAGCGGUUUUCAGCCAGCCGAGUGGCAUGGGCGAGCUGGAGGUGCUUGGCGCUCCUACGUGAGGGCGAUGGGGUCGAACGACUUCAGGUCCGUUGCGAGGCAGUACAGGGCCCUCUCUGAGGCGGACCGCCAGAAGUAUAUCGAGGACGGCCAGGCAGCUACCAAGCGAAUGCGAGCAGGCGAGGCAAUCGGGACGUCUUUUGGGCCCACUCGGGCCGCCAUGGAGCGGGCCAACCGUUCCAGAGUCCUGGCUUCGAGAGUUGACAGCCUCCUGGAUUCAGAGCAGCAGGAGUCGGUUGACAGCGUCCUGCAGGUUGCCGCCUCGACUGGCGAGACGCCCCGCGCUGUGUUGAGCGAGGCAAGGGCCUUGCAGAGGUCGCUCAACAUCCAGCGUCGCGCCAAGUCGCGGGCUGAUCAGGACGUCUUGGACCAGUAUGAUAAGGACACCAUAACGGCAGCCCGCGAGCUCGUGAAGUCCUGCUCCGAUGGGGCAUGCGUUGCUCAGUGGGAUUAUUUGGCGCAGUCGGUGGAUGCGAUGCCGAUCACCACUGACAGUGAUGAGCUCGAUGAGGAGUUUCCCAUCAGUCCUUGCUGGGUCGCGGGUGUCUGUUUGUGCGACCGCGCUGGCAAGCUACUGCACAGAGCCCGUAAUUGCAUCUUCAGGGUGAUGAAGAGCGAGUUCCCGACCACCGAGACUGAGAAACGCGGCUGGCUCAAGCAUCAACGUAUCAUCAUGAAGGUCACGGCCAAGCCGCGAGACAUCGGCGAUGCCGAUGCGGCAGAGUUGGCCAUGUUCUGGGGUUUGGUGCCGAAGUAUUGGCACAUCAGCUUCAUGUUGUUCUCCCCGUACGCCCCGAUCUUCCAGGAGAUGGACGUCGUCGCUGGCACUGACGACGAGAUCUUGGCCAACCCUUCCGUGGACGAGUUGGCGUUCAAGGCAGCGCCGCCCGCCCUUGGGGAUGGCGCGUUGGAGCGGUCAGACA